AUGCUCUCUACUCACAGCUUCUGCCUCACCAACCCCUCUGAGAAGGUUGCGGCGGAAAGCAGCUUCGAGGAAGGGAGCAAGAUUGAGUGGUCUUGUGGGUCGGAGGGGAGAUUAGGGGAUGGAGGGGCGGAAAGAGGAUUCGAGCUGGGCGGAGGCAAGGGGGGAGCAGGAGGGGGUCUGGGCGAAGGAAUGGGGGAAAUAGGUGAGGAGCUGGAGGUGUAG